AUGAUUGUUCCUAAACACGAAUUAUGCCUCACACCUACACAAGGGCUUGCGACACCUCAUAAAUUCUAUCCUACCGAGAUACAUGUGCCUCACCAUCAACUUCGACACUUCAUCAGCACCUCGGAGGGCGACCUCAUUUACUACGUGACCAAUCAUGAUAUUUUUGUCCUCGACCUUGCAACUCAACAAAAUUCCCUCAUAGCGACCAUACCCUUUGAAGCAAGAUGCCUUGCUGCAGAUUUGGGCUGGGUUUGUGUAGGAGGAGAGGUCAAUGGAGAUUGUGCAUUCAUCGAGGUGGAGAAGGAUGAACAUGGCCGUCCAACCUGCUUCGGUCACGACCUGGUGAUCGAUCUCCUGGGAGGAGAAAUCGUGAACUCAAUGAACAUACACACCGUGGCCAACGAUGGGAAAACACCAGAUGAACCCGUCGUCUUGAUCAGUAACAACGAUAAGUCCGUCAAGAUUUACUCGCUUGCACAACGCCAGGUCUUGACGACACUGGCCCAUCCAGUCCCGAUGAAUUUUGCCGCAAUGUCCCCGGAUUCCACCAUCAUCGCAGCAGUUGGUGACUCUGAUAAGGUGUACUUUUAUCGACGGCGCCCGGACGAGGACUUGGACCUUAUUGACGGAUCUUCGGGAAGGUAUGCCAAGUAUGAUUGGCAACUCAUGGCUGAACCUACGGUACCGACAGGAGAUCCUGUCUACGACGAUUUCAGCUUUGCUGUUGCAUUCUCACCCUCGGGACACUUAUGUGCGGCCUCUUCUCAAGGUGGUUCUAUUACCGUCUUCGAUAUGCAACGACUUCUGGAUACCGAUGAGCCGGCCGAGAAAUCCAUUCUAUGCAAUUUCAAAUCUUCUCGACCAACUCUAUGGGGCUGUGUGAGAGCUAUGGCAUUUUCUCCGGCGCCGUGGGAUAUCCUAGCUUGGGCCGAAGACCACGGGAGAAUUGGUUUGGCAGAUGUCAGGAGAUAUUUUGUCCGAAGGCAGGUUCUUGAGCUUGAUCAGCAAAAGGCUGAGAUGGUAGAACUUGACGAUGGUACACCCGUGGCAUAUCGCAACCUGGGAAUCAAGGAACGCUUAAAACAACAGCAUCUUGCACGACUAAGAACAAUCCGGGGGCUGUCCUCUCGAGACAGGGAUGGUGAAUUGAGCAUUGAUGACCUUCCAACGGAGUCCGGGGCGCGACACAAUAGACAGGAUUUGUUGACUUAUCAUCAAAGCUUGGAUCUCGACGCCCGGGAGCGAUCGGUCAUCGAAGCGCUUGAAACUACCAUGGACAAUGUCGAACACCUCACCACACGACCGUAUAGUAUCAAUUACUCGUCUUCGCCGCGUUUGAGAGGGUCUAUGAUAUUUUCGGAUGCCAGCCGACGGUAUGAUGUCCAACUAUUGAAUCCCGGAUCUCGAUCCAGUGGUGCUCGGUCUCAUCAACCAAGAAGAAGGACCUCCGUAGUCUUGUCCGAGUCAAGUGCGAACGGCAGUCGAUAUCUUGACCCUAACGAAAGUCAGAGGACUAGACUGUCGGCAUCUCCCGGUCGUAUUAGUGAUGACGAUGAGAUCCCUGUCAUGUCAACAAACGACCUGACUCCAUCUACGAGAUCAAAUCCACAACUCCAAUCGUCCAAUAUUCCCCCUUCUGAUCCUUGGCAUGUCAUCCAGUCAGCCCUGGAAACGGCACGUGAAUCAGACAACAGUAAUCGCGUGAAUCUCGCCCGUAUUGAGGCUGCAUUGGAAGCUGAAAGACAACUGGCGAAUCAACUGGAGCGCCAAUUGGCGGACGAACGACAAUUGUCAACUCUGCUUCGGAGACAACUCGACAAUCAACAGCGACUACUCAUGGAAAAUUCCACGCAAUUAGAUCAUCUUCAAGCCGCAGCAAGAGAAUCAAAUUCUCGUGUUGAGGCUUCUGUUGAGCGGCUUCUACAACGGCCCUUGGCGAACGAGCAACAAUUCCUUCAACAGCGAUCACAAGAGCUACAAAGUGAGCUGAGACUUGGGACUGACUAUUCCAGAAGACUUGCACUGGAACGUGAUCGAUUGCUGGGUGGAGAUUCUGGGACGGAGUCAACUCCGAAUACGCAUCCGACCAACUCUGAGUCCACUUCCGCUCAGACAAGCACUCUGCCCACCAUGAACCUUCGUUCUUCGGAAACCUCGGACAACGCGUCCAAUAUCCUCACGGAUUAUACCGAGUCCAGAUCGCAGCGAUUGGCACACAUUGAAAAUCUGCAGCGACAAGUUCGCCGAGCAGAAUCCCGUGUUGCAUUGGCAACAUCAGACAUCCAAGCACUCGAAAAUGCCAUUCGCAGAGAAAUCAGCGCGGAAGAUGGCGACCGAAGACGAAAUGACGAGGGAAAUCGGCAGGGCAGAUCAACAAACAAUACUACCGAUGCCACGAAUAACGAAACGAGCAAUAACUCUGACUCAACACGUUCAGAUGACCACCGAAGCACUGGUCGCCGCUCUCAAAUGGCUAUGAACCCAGUCCGCGAGUCACGAGUUGAGAGUCGAAUCUCCGAGCUUUCAGGUCGUGUACCAGAUUCAGAUAUGCGACUUGCACGGAUGAUGUUCUUAUCCGGCUUGUCUGGAAACCGUUCUCUAGACGGGAAUGGCAACUGGAUGCCUGGAUCUAGUUUACACCGAGUUUUAGCUGGUGCUUCGUCCCUUUCAGGUGGGAGCACCUCCAAUGCAGUUGGGCAAUCACCAGUAACGGCAGCGGAUGCGGUUAGGGAGAUGGGGCCCGGGACAGCUGGGAUUGGAUUUAGUCCCGACGGUCAAUUUCUCUACGCAGGUUCCGAAGAAGGCAUUUUCGAGUUCAAAAUUAACCUCCGUGAUCGCAUGAUGUUUCCGGCAUUUGAAAUGAGAUAA